CAUAAAAUUGUUUAUAUUGAUUCCUAAAAAAAAAAAGAAAAAAAAAAAAAAGACAGUUGUGCUGUUUUGGAUUGAGGCAAAAAAUAUGACCACCCAAAUCCGAGGUGAGCACACCAAAAGUGCUUUCAUGAAGAUCACAAUUAUGUAGACACAUAAAACAAAGCUUUAUAAUUCAGGGGCACAACACACUAAUGACAACGUGAUAAAUAAGUGAAAAAUAAUGAGUAUCUGAUAGCAAUACGAUAUUAGGUAGGAAACAGGUAGUAAUCGGCAUUUAGAAAUAACAUUGAGAGGUGCAUACAGGUGAUACAGUAGGGGUCCGAAAGUCUGAGACCACAUUAUUAUAGCCUUUUUGACCCCACUGUAUUUCUUAUGGCAAGCUUUGGAUUAAAUAAUAGCUUCGUUCGUUAGUCUUAGCGAACCCAGAGUAUUUGUAAAAACAACCCCACUAACUUCAGCGAUUCUUCUAUGUUUAUCUUCUACGGAGUACUGUCACAUGUUGUCACAGCUGUAGUGCAGGUGCUUACGAGCGGCCCUGAAGGCAUCACGGCACUAUGGUAACGUCCAAACUUAUGAGGAUAACUUCAGCUUUAGCGAACAUAAAACAGAGCUACCUAGCUUCUUAAAUAAUAAAAGCAGUCUUGAAAGGGCAAAAGCACGAUGGAGGGACUUGAAGACUUCGAGAGUUUUUUAAAGAAUGUUGACAAAAUAAGUGAGCUUGUGAAGAAUCUCAAGUCUUAUGAUGUCACAGUCCAGCAAAAAGCAAUAGAGGAAGCUGAUUGCCACAUUGCUGCCUUGAAUGAACCUUAUAGGACAAAAGUCAACAAGACUACAAUCAACACAAAGCCACCACUCAAGCCUUCCUUUAGUCCGCAGAACGAAGGUCCAGAGAGUUUCAUGAAGAUUAUGGAGAGAGAUGCUGAAGACAGGAGGAUAAAGCGGAUUGCUAAAGAGAAAAAGGCAACUGCACUCAAAGACAAGGGGAAUGAAGCUUAUGCUCAAGGCGACUAUGAAACUGCUGUGAAGUAUUACAGUGAUGGCUUGGAUGAACUACGGGACAUGCAGCCAUUGUACACCAACCGAGCACAAGCCUACAUCAAGCUGGGAAAGUACAAAGAAGCCAUCAGUGACUGUGAAUGGGCCCUGAAGUGUAAUGAGAGGUGCAUAAAGGCUUAUGUACACAUGGGCAAAGCAUUUAUGGAACUGAAGAAAUAUAAUGAGUCCAGACACUGCUUUGAAAAGAUAGUGGAAAUUGAACCUGGAAGGGAGAAGAUGGUAAAAGAAUACCUGAUCCAAGUAGAUUUGGAAGCGGAGAGAGAGAAUCAGGAGAUGAAUGCGAGGGAGGAGUUUGACAAGGGAGAGGUGAAGGCCAGAACGGUGCCUCAGCUUCUUGAGAAGCUGUCAAGGCCCGGCCAGAUGCCCCUCUUCUACCGCGGAGGAUUGGAGCUUCUCUUACAAGCAGUUACUGACUGUACAGGCCAGACCCUUUUCAGACUGAACAAUGGCUUUAGUAUCAUCAGCAGCAAUGACAUGGUGAGGAGUUGCCUGUUGCAGAAAACAAAGGGUCCAGACAGCCAGCAGUUAUGUGUGUCUGUUCUGAAGUUAUGGAGGGUUAUUUGCUCUGGAAAUGAUGAAAACCAGAAGAUGUUGAUGACAUGCCCAGUCACCAGACAAGCCACUAUUGACUUAGUAACAUCAGAGCAUUUUGCAGUACGGAAAGAAUGUCUGGCAUUACUAUGUAUGUACUCACAGAUGCCACACAGCAGGCGUUUGGCCAUUGACAGCCUGAAUGUGCACAUGUUAGUGAGGAACCUCAUGGUGUGCAUCUCACAGCCAAAUCAGCAGCAGGAGAACACAGCGGUCAACAUUCUGGAGAACUUUGCAGCUGAAGACAAAUUUUGCAUUCAGUUAAGGAAUAUGUUGACAGACUCUGUCAUUGUGCCAUUUACAACAAUGCUGAGAAAUAUAAACAAGUCCAAUCAUCAUAUCCUUCCAUCACUGAUAUUGGCCAUUGGCUGUCUGGCUCGAGACGACGUCAUCCGUCACAAACUUUCUCAUGAUCCAGAAUGUUUGAAGGCCUUUCUGGUUGCCAUUAGGCAGUGCAGUGCAUAUGUAUACAAAGAGAUCCUUUACUCUAUGCUUGGGCUGAUCAUCAGCCUUUCAACCAUGACUUCUCCAGUCAUCCAGGAGCAUGCGGUUUCACUGUGUGACUGCUGUCUGGGCCUGCUGAGGGAUAGUGACGGAGGAGUAAUAACUAGAGUCACAGGUGUGCUGAGCACUGUCCUCCCUCAGUCCUCUGAGGCUGUUCUCCAUGUUAUCCAGGCGGAUGUGGUUCGGAGUAUGUGCCGGUUGCUGAAGAAAAGCGGGCCAACUGCCACCAAGUAUGCCAUUAGGACGCUGACAGUGUGCACUGCUGCCAGUCACUUGGCACGGGAGGAGCUAGUGAAGUCUGAUAAAAAACUGUCUAUCUUACGUCAUUUGCUGGAUUCCAGCUGUGAUGAGAUGGUGUCAGGAAAUGCAGCCCUGUGCUUGGCCCACUGCCUUGAGUUGGAGGGAAUUGCCAGCAACCUGCUGGGCACUGAUAUUGUGCUACGGCUGCUGCGCAAUGCUGCAGGGGAUGCAAAGAAGACAGCUGUGCGGCAAAAUGCAGCGAUUGCUCUGGGGAAGCUGUGUCGAUCUGAGCCCAGACAUUUGAACAAACUUCGAGAAUUACACGGCCUUGAGAUCCUGCACUCCUGUAUGAAGUUCAUCACAUGAACUCCUGAUAACAUGUUUUACAAUCAUGCUUGUCAUCAGUCUUGUUCUCUUCUAUAUUCUAUUUUGGACAAAAAAAACAACAUAUUCCUUGUCGUCAUAUCAUCUGAAUUCUUCUUUUUUUUUGAAGAAAACUAAGCCUGUCUCAAGAAUAAUUAAAGAUUUAUUUCAUUUGAAUAAAAUUCUACUCCUAAUUGCUUAAUCUACAUAAACAAGGUCAUACACAUUAGCAAUGUUCUUGGCUGUCCUUGUUUUUCAUGCCCAUGUGAAUUUAUAUGGUUAAUUAUUAUGAAUACACUCACCCUGAAGUAGAAACAAGAGUAGUCAGUUUUACCAUCUUUGUGUGUCUGACCUUAGAUUAAAAUAUGACUAAUAUUUUAAAAGACUAAUGCAGGUAUUAGGUAUCCCUAAAUUGUAAAAAUAAGAAUACACUGCUUAAACAAAUAACUGACUCUGAAGAGUUCAUAUAUACAGUAGUACAAACCGUAACUAUUGGACUGAUACUGAUCCAGCAGAAUUACAUAUUGAUGGUAUUUGAAGUGAGACAUGGACUGAUGUGUGCCAGUGGUUAAGGCUGUUCAUAGAGCUAGAAACCUGGCACUUAAUCAUUCAUAUUGAAGGUCUUUCUCUUAUUUAUCAUGACAAAAUGUGUUAAAUGCAAAUUAUGCAGCCACAUACAGGUAUACCCCUUAGUUCUAAUAAAUAGUACAGGGUCAGGCCUAUAGGGUCAUUUUAUGUUGUGCCAACCUUUGAUAUUUGUUCUAUUUUUUUGGUUCUUUAGAUGUGUGGUUGGUUUGUUUGUUUUUUGAUUUCAUUCCCAGAAAGGUGCAGCUGAGCCCUGGGUAUAAAAACUACAUUUUCAUCUGUGUUUGGAUUCUCAGGAUGGCAGUACUGGAACAACAAAUCACAUCAAAAUAAACAGAUUUGCAUUGUAAAGACCAUUUACAGGGAGACUGAGUUUGGAGUCCACCAGAUCUGCACGUCUUUGAAAUAUGAGGAUUACUUGUAAACUCACAGAAAGGGCUGGCCCCCGGAAUUUAAUGUGUGACCUUUCUUAACAACAGCUCUAACCACUACACAACAGUGCUGCUCUCAAUACUUGAAUGUUGAACCUAACCACUGUGAGAACUUAUAACUGGGUUAACAUGCUGCACAAACACUAUGAUGCCUGGUAGAGUUGUAUUGAGAGAGAAAAGUUCACCUGAGUUAUAUUAGAUUGUAUGGAUAGUGCUGUGGAAACCUGGCAUCAGAAAUCCUAUACUUGGGAAAAAAUUGAAUUAAGGCCACUGUGGUAUUACACCUCAUUUGUAAGUAGGGAAGAAAAGGGCCAUGUGGACAUUUAGUGCUUGUUUUGUGAAAAAAUAGUCCAAUUUUAUAAAAAAACAAAAACAAAACAACAACUUGUCAAAACUAGUACGUUCAAGUCUGUGGCUACUAUUGAGGACACUGAGGUCUAUUUUUAUCUUAAUGAGAAUUUUGGGACUUUGUAAUCUUGGAGUUUAUUCUCUAAAGUCAAAAACAUUUUAAAGGCUAAUUUCGGUAUUUUUAUACCCUGUAUCAUCUGUUAUUGUGUCAUGAAUUGAUUUAACUUGAACUGAAAACAAAUCAACUAAAUGGAGAACCGAGUUUCCAUUUUUCUUCAGGGAUUUGCAAGUAAGGUGUGUCUGCUAGCAUUAAUCAAUCCCAUUUUCAAUACAGUUUAUAACAUUCAUGAACAAUA